AAUAUGAUUACCGGAACUCAGCAGAUGGACGGUGCCAUUUUAGUGAUUGCAGCCACUGAGGGUACGAUGCCUCAGACGAAAGAGCAUCUGUUGCUUGCAAAGCAAAUUGGCGUUAAACAGGUCAUCAUAUUUCUGAACAAGGUUGACGAAGCGGACGAAGAAAUGGUUGAAUUAGUCGAGUCAGAGACCAGAGAGCUCUUGGACACGUUUGGAUUUGACUCAACCAAUACUCCGAUCAUUUCGGGUUCAGCGUUGUGUGCGGUUGAGGUAAGUAAUUUCGUUAUGCUUACAUAUACAUUGAUGUUUUUAAAAUUCCCAUGGUUUUAGAC